GGGCGGGAAAACCAGCGCGAGCGCAGCCGUUCCUCUAGCCACUUUCUCGUCCUUUCCCUUGGCCACCUCCUGUCUGAGUCUGACUCUGCUCUCGCGGCUGUGAUCCAUGGAACCCAGUGAAACACCUGCUGUACACCACUGCCCUGCUGACUCUGUCCUGGGAGGUGAGACCAGAGCCCCCCAGAGCACAGAGCUUAUCCCCAGAAGAGCUGUCAGUCGCUCUCCAACCUGUGCCCGCUGCCGCAACCAUGGUGUCACUGCCCACCUCAAGGGCCACAAGCGCCUCUGCCUCUUUCAGGCUUGCGAGUGUCACAAAUGUGUCCUUAUCCUGGAGCGCCGAAGGGUCAUGGCUGCCCAGGUCGCCUUGCGCAGGCAGCAAGAGGCACAGCUAAAGAGGCAUGUGGCUCAGGGACUGAUGAGGAGAGGAACAGCCCCUCUCAAAGCUCCCACCGGUGUCAAGAAAGGAGCCACUCGACCAGGGGUCCCCUCUGGAAAGGAGAACAUAGCACCCCAGCCUCAGAGCCCCCAUGGGGCAGUCCCACUGGCACUGACACCUCCUGGGAAGGAGAACUCCUGUGGGCCUCUGCUGCUCAGCCGUCCCCCAGAAGCCUUACCUUUACCCUGGACUCCAGUGCCUCCUGGCCCUUGGGGACCAGGGCACUGGCUGCCUCCAGGCCUCUCCAUGCCACCUCCAGUGGUAUGCCGCUUGCUAUGCCAAGAACCUGCUGUCCCUCUACAUCCCUUCCCUGGCUUUGACCCUGGCACCUCCCUCUGGCUGCCCACCCACGGGUCCCUCCCAACCUUCCCAGGAUCUCGCUCAGUACUGACAGCUCCUCUUUCUGGAGAGCCCCAAGGGCCCCCUGGCCUGCCCCACACAUGUUCGACUCUGAUACUCCAGUCUUGUGGCACCCCAGACUCUCUUCUGCUACAGCCACAGGCCCCUGGAGCCUCUCGCCUGGCCUGGACAUCUGCCCCCUCAGAGCGGCAGCUGCAGCGGGAGGCAGCUGAGACCCUUGUGGGUCUGAAAGAUUCAUCCCAGGCUCCCCGCCUGACCCCUUCUGUCCCCCCCAACCCUGCCUGGAUUUCCCUGCUCCACCCCUGUGGCCCACCAGCUCCUGCUGGAGGAAGAGGAUUCCAACCUGUCGGCCCCUCUCUCCGACCCAGCCCAGCUCCUUCAGUAUCUCUGCAUAUUGGGCGCCUGGGGUCCAUCUCCCUUCUGAGUUAAAAGCCCAGAGGUGGAGGCUGCCUCACUGGGGCAGGAAACCAAUAGCCCACAGGCACUGCAUAUUUGGUAUUUUACUUACAGAUUUUUGCAUGGAAUUUAAUAUAGUACAAGCUUCAGGAUUUUUUUUUAAAGCUUUCAGGUGCUUUGUUAGCUUUCAGUUCCUUUUAUAGUGUGGGCAUUUCCUUG